CAAAUAUAUAAAUAUAAUCAACAACGCGUCACAUGUUAUAAACAAUACUUGUUUUAUUUUUUUUAUUAUUAUUUUUCAUUAAUAUUGGAAAACGUUUUUAAAAAGUUAUAUUAAAAAGAGUAAUGGGAGAAAAAAAACCAGUUGGUCUUGGUCCAUUUGUGUAUGGUGGAUUGGCAUCAAUUGUUGCUGAAUUAGCAACAUUUCCAUUGGAUACAACAAAAACACGUUUACAAAUUCAAGGGCAAACAUUUGAUAAACGUCAUGCAAUAUUAAAGUAUUCUGGUAUGACUGAUGCACUAUUACAAAUAUCAAAACAAGAAGGAUAUAAAUCAUUGUAUUGUGGGAUCAGCUCGGCAAUACUUCGACAAGCAACAUAUGGUACAAUUAAAUUUGGAACAUACUACUCACUUAAACAAUUUGUAGCUGAUAAAUGGGGAACAAAUGAUUUAGUUGUUUUAAAUAUAAUUUGUGCUGCUGUUGCUGGUUCCAUAUCAAGUGCAAUUGCAAAUCCAACAGAUGUUGUUAAAGUUCGUAUGCAAAUCAAUGGUAAUAUUGGAAAUUUAUCUCUAUAUGGUUGUUUCAAUGAUGUUUAUCAACAUGAAGGUGUACGCGGUUUAUGGAGGGGGGUAGGACCAACAGCCCAAAGAGCAGCAGUAAUUGCUGCAGUUGAAUUGCCAAUUUAUGAUUUUACAAAAUCCAAGAUGAUUCCAUUACUUGGUGACAAUGUUGUCAAUCAUUCUAUUGCUAGUAUGGCAGCUAGUAUUGCAAGUGCAAUUGCUUCAACUCCAAUCGAUGUUAUUCGUACGAGAUUGAUGAAUCAACGACGUAUUAGCUCGCCAAACGAAUCAUCCAGCCAUUUAUACAAAGGAAGUAUUGAUUGUUUUUUAAAGACAAGUAAAAAUGAAGGUUUUUUAGCACUUUACAAGGGUUUUGUUCCUACAUUUCUUCGAAUGGGACCUUGGAAUAUAAUAUUUUUUAUCACAUAUGAACAAUUGAAAAAAUUGCCAAUUUUUUAGAAAUAAAAUUCAAACAAAAUGAAAUAUAAUCAAAAGAUAAUAUAAAAAAACAAAUAGAUAAAAAGCUGAAGUGUACCUGUCUAAAAAAAAAAUAGAUAGCAAAUUCAAUCAUAUAUUUAUCUAGUUUAAUAAUAAUAAAUAAAAAAAGUAUUGUUUUUAUGACAGAUAUUGAAUCUCUGUCGUUUUAUAUUUCAUAGUAAUAAUGAUAAUUAAAAAAAAAGUAAAUACAGUUUUUAUCACUUGAUAUUAUAUUACUAUAAUAUUACAGACUUGACUGAAAAAUAAUACAAUCUCAAUAUAUUAAUAUUUGAAUAAUAAUAAAUUAAUCACAGUUCCAAA